UUUGCUUUUUCCCUUACUCUCAAGUCUCAACACAACGCAACAGUCUCUCACUAGAAUAAACGAACAAAAAAAAAAAAAAAAACAAACUUCUGCUGAAAUUUGCAGAUCAAAACAAGAAUAAAAGGGUAAUAAAAACGCUUGAGAUUGAGAAGAUCAGAUAUGGGAUCUGGGGCUGGAAACUUCUUAAAAGUUAUACUUAAGAACUUUGAUAUUCUUGCUGGGCCUGUGGUUAGUCUUGUCUACCCUCUAUAUGCCUCUGUUAGAGCAAUUGAGACUAAGUCUCCUGUUGAUGAUCAACAAUGGCUUACUUACUGGGUGCUCUAUUCUCUGAUUACUCUCAUUGAGCUCACCUUUGCCAAACUCAUUGAAUGGAUUCCUAUCUGGUCAUAUGCUAAGCUGAUUUUUACCUGCUGGCUAGUCAUUCCAUACUUCAGUGGUGCUGCAUAUGUUUAUGAGCAUUAUGUGAGACCUUUCUUUGUCAACCCUCAGACUAUUAACAUUUGGUAUCUCCCAAGGAAGAAAGACGUUUUCAGUCAGCCAGAUGAUAUUCUUACUGCUGCAGAGCAAUACAUUCAAGAGAAUGGGACAGGUGCAUUUGAGAAGCUCAUUCACAGGGCUGACAAGUCCAAGUAUUCAAACAAGACCCCAGUCUUCGCAUAGGACAGUAGGGAUUGAGCUUCAUAGAUUUCUUUUUGUCAACUGUAACCUAGGUACUUGCUGAGGAAAAAAGGGGAAAAUGUGUUUACAGUGUUACCGAAAUCAUGUUUUGCUGUUGAUAGUUGUUACUUUAUUUCCUGUUUUCAUAUGCAGUUUUUGGUUUCUGUAUUGGUACUGAAUGCUAUAACAUAAAAUCACGUAAUUAUUA